GUGGAGGCAAGAGAAGGGGGCUGGCCAAGACGAUGUCCACAUCCUAUGGAUGGAGGACUUACCGGAUGUGGAGAAUAAGGUGGAGGCAGAGCGCUAUUACAACGAGUGGGUGCAAAAAGUAAAGGAGAGCACCGGGGAUGUGGGGGCUGGCGCAAACGACGAUCAUAGGGCUGUCAUUUGCAGAGCUGGACGAUGAAGGUGAUCUGCUUUUGGCAAGGAGGUGGUUGCACAAUGAAAGACUUGACGACAUGAUGGCCAAAGAGGAUGACAUCGCACAUAUCGAGAACUACACAAAUGACUGGCAGUUCUGCACUGCACCGGGGAGGCAUAGAGAACGCUUGUUGAGGAGGAGAUCGGGGCACGAACGAGCAGACCACUUAGUGGAGUACAACGUUCAGGACCGUGAGUGUUCAUUGCACGCACAAGAGACAGGCGACUGGGUGGAAGGUAGAUGCCCAGGGGGCAGCAGCAGAGCAAAAGGACGGCAGCAACAACACGCUGCUGAAGUCCAUGUUGCGGGAAAACGCCGUGCCGAAAAACAUCUUUCACCGCCCAAGAAAAAGAAGAGAGGACGCCCCAGGAAAGCGGCUGCUGCAGCUCCAGAUGUCCUGACAUCCUCCCGCCUGGUCACAAAAGAGGCAAUGAAACAGGCCGGGAAGUGGAUGUCGGCUAUCUUGGAUGAUGACGAUUGUGAAGCGUCGUCCUCGUCUUCAUCAUCAUCAUCGUCGCCGUGUUCACCUUCUGCAUCAUCUGCUGGUGACGAACAUCAUUGUAAGGGUGUAGGGAGUGAAGACGAAGGGGGUGAGGAUCAAGGGAGUGAGGCGGGUGGUGACAAUGCUGUCGAUGGAGGACAACAGUAGAUUGGGUGGAUUCAAUGAUCACGGCGCAGCGUUUCUGCA